AUGCAAACUGAAAACAGAGAAACACUUAAGAAAGAUAUGGAAGAGUUUUUAGUGAAAGAAAUUGAGGUUGAAACACAGAUAGAAAACGUUCAAAAAUUGGGACAGGAAACAUAUUUAAUAGAAUUCGAAAAAUUUAAGGACAAAGAUAAAGUAAUGAAAAGUAAAUAUAAACUGAGGAAUAAAUGCAAGAGAAUUUACAUCAAUGAAGAUAUGACCAAGAAAGAGCAGGAAAAAGAGAAGCAAAUAAGAAAGAGGGCAAUAGAAGAGAAGAAAAAAGGAAAGAACGUUAAAAUUGGGUAUAGAAAGGAUACUGAUCAGAAUACUGACAAAACGGUAAAUAAGUUGACGAACAGGCAAGGAAAAGGAAAGAACUCUGAAAAGGGACAAACAAAAGAAAUAUGGAAAAUAGGAACGUGGAAUAUAAGGAGCAUUAAUGGAAAGGAAAAUGAACUGAUGCAAGAGUUUCAAAAUGCAGGACUGGAUAUUUUAGCAGUGUCAGAAACAAAGAAAAAGAAUAAAGGGGUGAUGGAAUUAGAAAAUGGUCACUUGUUAAUAUAUAGUGGAGUAGAAAAUAAUAAAAGGGCAGCAGCAGGUGUCGGAUGCAUAAUUCAUCAAAAAUUAAUACAAAGUGUGAGUAAAUGGGAAGCACAUACGGAGAGAAUUUUAUCAGUGGAGAUAAAGAAAAGAGAUGGAAAACAAAUGACUGUGAUAUGUGUAUAUGGGCCAGAUGAAGAUGAAAAAGCAGAAAUAAAAGACACAUUCUGGGAGGAAUUAACAUUAGUCACUGAAGAAAGUAAAGGAAUAGUAUAUGUAUUAGGAGAUUUUAACAGUAGAGUGGGUAAGAAAGAUGGAAGAUAUAACACAGUAAUAGGUCAAUAUGGUGAAAAUAAAAGAAAUAAUAAUGGAAAGAGAAUGCUGGAGUAUUGCCUAUUAAAUAACUUGAUUAUAACAAACACUUUUUAUGAACACAAAGAGAUACAUAAAUACACGCGAGUAGAAGCCAACAGAGGAGAAAAAUCAUUAAUCGAUUAUGUGUUAACUGAGAAGAAUAAUAGAAAGCAGAUUAUGGAUACGAGAGUUAAAAGAGGAUCAGAAAUAAAUAGUGAUCAUUACUUGGUAGUAACUAAUAUUAAGAAUGAUAAGAACCNCCACAGAAAAUCGAAUUAUAAAAUAAAAUAG